CGGUUAUAAACCGCCUAUCCAGCUCUUUCGCAGGACAUCCUACUGUUAUAACUUAUACGUGAUUAAGGUCAGAUCCAGAAUGAGAGGCAUCCAGUUGACACAGUACGUCAAGGGGGCCCAUGAGCUCAAAGUCACCGAGCUGCCGGACCCCAAACCCAAGCCAGAUGAGUAUCUGAUUGAGGUGCACGCCGCGGCAACCAACUUCUUUGACAUAUUACAAAUCCAAGGAAAAUACCAGCACCAGCCACCCUUCCCAUGGAUCUCAGGCGCCGAGUUCGCUGGGGUCGUGCUGGCCACGCCCGCCAACUCCAAGAACCCCAGGUUCCCCAUCGGCUCCCGCGUGUUUGGUGCGACUCAGGGAGCAUAUGCGGCCAAGGCCGUCGCCAAGGAGGUUAGCAUGCUGCCUAUGCCCAAGGGAUGGAGUUUCUGCGAAGCAGCUGGACUAUUUGUGACAGCGCCUACAAGCUACGGCGCUCUGGUUGUCCGUGCCGGGGUGAAGGCGGGCGACUACGUCCUUGUGCAUGCUGCCGCUGGAGGCGUCGGUCUUGCUGCCGUUCAAGUUGCCAAAGCAUUCGGCGCGACGGUUAUCGCCACAGCGGGUACUAAGCGCAAGCUCGAGGUCGCCAAGUCGUUUGGUGCCGACCAUGUCGUCGACUACCGGGAUGCCAAGUGGCCAGAGAAUGUCAAGAAGCUGACGCCCAAGGGCAGAGGAGUCGACAUUGUCUACGACCCCGUGGGCAUGGUCGACAAAAGCACAAAGUGCACCGCAUGGAACGGCCGGAUCCUGAUUGUCGGCUUUGCCGCCGGCACGAUCGAGAAGGUCGCCAUGAACAAGGUCCUGCUGAAGAACAUCAGCCUGGUUGGGAUCCACUGGGGACAGUAUGCAGUGCACGAGAAAGAGACGGUCGUCAAGGUCUGGCAGGGCAUCAUGAAGCUGAUAUCCGAAGGCAAGUUCAAGGCAACCGAGUUCACGGACAAGGAGUUUGUGGGUCUCGAAACUAAUUCCCGUCCCAGACCAAACCCCACACAAGCCGCCAAACUGUUCUCCUCAUACUUAAGACGCACCCUCCGCUCCGGCGCCACGGGUCUGUCGGUCGCUGCUGUCGCAACCUUCUCCAGAGAGAUCACCCCCUACAAGUGCGACAUCCACACCAUCAGCAAGCGGAGGAUGCAUAGCAGGGUAGUCAUCAUCGGCUCCGGGCCGGCCGCCCACACUGCGGCCGUCUACCUGGCUCGCGCCGAGCUGAAGCCCGUCCUCUACGAGGGCUUCAUGGCCAACGGCACCGCGGCCGGCGGCCAGCUCACCACCACCACCGAGGUCGAGAACUACCCUGGCUUCCCCGAGGCCAUCAUGGGCCAGGAACUCAUGGACAGGAUGCGCAAGCAGUCAGAGCGCUUCGGCACACAAAUCAUCACCGAGACGGUGGCAAAGCUGGACCUGUCGAAGCGGCCCUUCCAGUACUGGACCGAGUGGGAUCCCAGCACAGUGAGGACGGCCGACGCCGUCAUCCUCGCCACGGGCGCGUCGGCGCGGCGGUUGCACCUGCCCGGCGAGGACAAGUACUGGCAGAACGGCAUCUCGGCCUGCGCCGUGUGUGACGGCGCCGUGCCCAUCUUCCGGAACAAGCCGCUGGUCGUCAUCGGCGGCGGCGAUUCGGCCGCCGAGGAGGCCAUGUUCCUGACCAAGUACGGGAGCCACGUUACCGUGCUCGUGCGGCGGGACAAGCUGCGCGCGAGCACCAUCAUGGCCAAGCGGCUGCUGGCCAACAAGAAGAUUACGGUGCGGUUUAACUCGGUCGCCGUCGAGGCAAAGGGCGACGAGAAGGGCCUCAUGAGCCACCUCGUGGUCAAGGACGUCGUCACUGGCCAGGAGGAGACGCUCGAGGCGAACGGGCUGUUCUACGCCAUUGGCCACGACCCGGCGACAGCCCUGGUCAAGGGACAGCUCGAGACGGACGCGGAGGGUUACGUGGCGACGAAGCCGGGGACUACAUACACCAGCGUGGAGGGCGUGUUUGCGGCUGGUGACGUCCAGGACAAGAGGUACCGGCAGGCCAUUACGAGUGCAGGAUCCGGUUGUAUGGCAGCACUGGAUGCAGAAAAGUACCUGGCGGAGCUCGAGGACGAGAAGCUGGGCAAUCUAUAGACCAAAGUUCCUUGGAUAGACUUGCGCCGCGAGCGAUACCCCACAGCCCGGCUGUGAAUAGAGAAGAUGCUGCAUUCCCUCAUUG